AGCAUCUGGAAAGAAUACGCCAAGGGGGACAGCAGAUAUGUCAUCGCUGACAACUUUACCGUCUGCAUGGAGACUGUCACGGCCUGGACCUGGGGGCCCCUCAGCCUUUGGACGGUUAUGGCCUUCCUCCAGCACCGGCCGGAGCGGUUUGUCCUUCAGCUGAUGGUCUCCCUGGGCCAGCUCUACGGUGACGUUCUGUAUUUCUACACGGCCUACAGGGAAGGCUUCAGCCACAGCUGGGUGGGCCACCCUCUCUACUUCUGGUUCUACUUUGUCUUCCUGAACUCCCUGUGGAUCGUCAUUCCUGGCCUGCUGCUCCUGGAUGCCUGUACCCACCUCAGCCGGGCACAGCGGCUGGCAGACCGGGCGGCUUCGUGUCCUGCUGGCAAGGACAAAGCCACCUGAGAGCAGUGCUCGGGCCUCCCCUCGCCUCGUUGUUUCUAAGCCUCCUCAUCUAACCCUCCCCUCCGUCCACCCGAAACCCCCUCCCCUUCCAUCCGUUUUCCCCCCCCCCCCCCCA